AAAACGGUUUUGUAAAUAUAAAAACCCUCUGUGUGUAUAGAGAGUUAUGGAUACGACGGCAUCGUCACAAGUAAGUGUUGAUAUUGACGCGGAAAAUAUGAUUGCAAUACAUCAUCAAUUACAGCAACAUCAUAACAAUUUGCAUAGUGGACUACAUGCGUUUAAUUUGACUAGUAGUGCUGGUGCAAACAAUAAUAAUAAUAAUAAUAAUAAUAAUACUGGAACAAUUGAAGUGAAACCGUUACGUAUGUUAACAAAUCCACAAACGACACCGACGGGUCCACGCCAUACAAUUGAUCAAAUUUUAGGUUUGGCUGGUGUUACAUCAAAACAAAAUCAUUUACGUCAUCAGAAUGUUGAUGUUGGUUCGGAUGCUGAAUGUAAUCAACGAUCAAUUACACCGGGUACAGGAACUGAAUCUGCAGGUGAAGGUAGUUGCAAUUCAAAUGACGGUGUAACAGAUCUCAGAUAUUCAAUACAUAGACAAGAUUUACACGAUAAAAGUGGCAGUGAAGAUGAAUCAGCUGAAUCUGGUGCAGCACCUGGAAGUUCUGGUAGCCUUGAAGGAUCUGGCGGUGGUUCGGGUGAUUGUAAAAAGAAGCAUAGACGUAACCGCACCACAUUCACAACAUAUCAAUUACAUGAAUUGGAGCGCGCAUUCGAAAAGUCACAUUAUCCGGAUGUUUAUAGUAGGGAGGAAUUAGCAAUGAAAGUCAAUUUACCGGAAGUUCGUGUUCAGGUAUGGUUUCAAAAUCGACGUGCAAAAUGGCGACGACAAGAGAAAAUGGAAGCAGCACGUUUAGGUUUAAGCGAAUAUCAUGCAGUUGGCUCAUUAUCACGUGUAGCUGGUUCAAGCUUAGCAUUACCAAUGGAUCCAUGGCUAUCGCCACCAUUAUUGAGUGCAUUACCUGGUUUUUUAAGUCAUCCACAAACUGGAUACCCAAGUUACUUAACACCACCCGUUGUAGCUGAUCCAAGUCGACAUGCACAUCCACCUACGUCGCCUACAUUAACUAGCGUAGCACCCCCAGCUCAUUCAACACCGGUUACAAGUACGUCGGAUCCUAGAAGUUCAUCGAUUGCUGCGUUACGUUUAAAAGCAAAAGAACACGUUGAAAGUAUUACAAAAGGUUUACAAAUGGUGUAG